AUGCGGCUUGCAUUCACUGAAGAGGACGAUAUGUUCCUUAUAAACGCCUGGAUUUGCCAUACAUUAGAGCCGCUUUCCACAGAGGCUGUAUCAUGGUCUGCCGUACAUGAGUUGUUCGUGUUCCAAUGGGACCAAAGGGAUCCGUUCGGCGGGACUCGGAAGCGCGUCGAUCAGCUUCAAGAACGCUUUGCGGGCAUCGUCAGGGAUGUCCGGACAUAUGAACAGCAACUGUUCCGCAUUCGUGCCCGCUUUGGCAGCUCUACCGCCUGUCAAGAGACGCAUCAGCUGUACGCUUUACAAGCGUGGCACGGCUACAGAGUACUAGCUAAGGAAAUGGCCGCGUGGAGGGUUACCGUGGCAACCAUGCAGCGUAGGGGGAUGUCACAUGCUUCUUACCCAAGUCGUCCGUUUGGUGCUGGGGUUCUUGAGCUCAGGAGACAGGAUGCAGAAAGAAAGUUGCGUGCACAUUAA